AGGUGCCUGUGCGGCGACGGCGGGAAUAGAUCCAUUACGUUAGCAACGACAGCUUGCUCACAUCUUGCGCAUAGCGGUGCCAAGACGAUGUCCUGGAGAUGGCACAAUGGAUCAGCAGCUGUGGCUCUGCUGGUUGCGGUUCUCCUGCGCCGGGGCCAGCCGUUCGUCAACAGUCCAUGUUGUUCGUUCCGCGUCAGCAGCGGUAACCCUGCAACCAAGCGAGCAUUGCCAAGGAACGUCAACAUGCGUGCAGAGGGGCCAUCCGGCCAGAUCGGCACCAGUAGGGCAGCUUUUCUCAGGAGUGCGCUAGGCGGUGCUGCUGCGCUUGCCACGGUUGUCGCCAGGCCAACGGAAACGCCCGCGUUCGCGCUGCCCUUCGGGCCUAAAGACAACCCAGAACUGGAGGAAGUGGUCAAGGUGGCCGGGUACUCCAGGUUCGUCAACAAGUUGGAGCAAGACCUGAAAGCGGGGGCCCUGAAGGGAGGGCCCGAGGACUCGGUGGUAGUCUUGAGAGUUCUCGAGGUCUACCUCGAGCCCAUGCAGGAGGAGAUGCUCAAGGUGGCGCCACUCAUGCAGCUCGCUGGCCGCGAGAACAGGGAGCGAGUGAAGCUCUUGCCGUUGAUCAUGAAGGGGCACCUGUUGGAGCUAAAGGCGGCUUGCGGGACCAAAGACGCCAAGGAGCAGCUUGAGGAGGUCCAAGAGGUGAGGGAGACGCUGGACGAGUUCAUCGCCUUGGCGAAGACGCGGUACGAAAUUGCACCCCUGGAUCCGGAAGGCGCGCCGGAUGGUGACCAGCUUGGCAUUUUCGGUUGCAGUUUUUAUGGCAUGAAGCGCACGGACGGCAGCAGCCGCUGCCAACCGGAUCCAUGA